AGCUUUCAGUGCCACAUUCGGCCGCGCCAGAAGCUCACCAAGUUUCAGCCUUUCCCGGGAUCGGUGGUGAAAGUAGCUUGAUGGUGGGUGAUAGUGGUGGUUGAAUUCUCGUACGGUUGUGAAUGCUCGCAGAUAUUCGUAUAAAGGAAACUUGAGGCGGCGGCAAAAUGGCGUCGUCUGUAAGAAACAAAUGACCGUGAAGAGCUUGGAAGCUUUGCUAAUUGUCGGUGCAACAUUCCGUAGCUUCCACAAUAAAAAUUCAAACAAAUUUCAAGCGUAAACGAAUGAGAGGGAGAGACCAUUAACGUUUAUGAUUCGUUUGAUCAAAUCUGCGCUACUUUCAAUCGUGCUGGGGGGUUUAUAAACUUUUUUAUACAAGUGUCAAGACAGCGUGAGACGAUAAUAAAUCCAAUUGACGUUGCUAUUUAUAUAAAAGCAUUUUCACCAAUGACAGUGCGUUGCCGAUCAUUUUAUUUUAUUCAUUUCGUCGCUCGCCAUAAAAGUGCACGUGUAUUAGCCUAAACUCUCGAAACGAAACGAUUUCCCUCCGUGCGAUGCGUUUCGAGCGUUUUUAUCCAAUAAACGCUCGUUAGAAAACCCACACGAAGAAAGCACAAGCUAACAACGAAAUCUGGAACAUGCGAUCGGAAAUACCGAACUAUUCCAAACGAUAAUGAACGAAACAAGUUGUUGAGUUUUAUCGCGGAUUGGAGAAAGUGGCGGCAGUACAAUCAAGUCCGUUUGAUGGGCCGGUCUGAGGCAGCUGCACAAAAAUGCAUUUGCAUUUCGAGAAGAACAGCAACGCUAAAUGUGAUUGCAACAUACUCUCGCUCAGCUGGAUGGGAAAAGUUCCCGACGAACUACCCGAGGAUGAGGGAUGGAAGUUGAACCGUACAAAUUACUAUCAGGAGGGCUGGCUAGCAACCGGAAAUGCCCGGGGUCUCGUUGGAGUAACUUUCACAACUUCGCACUGUCGCACCCGCGCUGCUGAGCUGCCACUCCGGGCAAAUUACAACCUCAGAGGACAUCAGAGCGAAGUGAUCCUUGUGAAAUGGAACGAGCCCUAUCAAAAGUUGGCCUCAUGCGACAGUUCGGGAGUUAUAUUCGUUUGGAUAAAGUACGACGGACGUUGGAGCAUCGAAUUGAUAAACGACCGGAGCACACCGGUCACGCACUUUUCGUGGUCCCACGAUGGAAGAAUGGCCCUUAUAUGUUACCGGGACGGAUUCGUGUUGGUCGGUAGCGUUGCUGGGCAGAGGUACUGGUCCUCGAUGCUCAACGAUGAGGCAACGAUCACCUGCGGUAUUUGGACCCCUGACGAUCAGCUGGUUUAUUUCGGCACGACCGCCGGUCAAUUAAUCGUGAUGGACGUUCACGGUGCGAUGGUCUCGGAGGUCCAGCUAGCAGCUGGUGUUACAUCGAUGGCUUGGAGUGCCGAGAAAUUCAAAAUGGAAGAGGGCGACGACGACGUAUCGGGAAAUGCUGCUCAACAAGAUGAACGAAGUUACAUCCUCGCUGUUUGUCUGGCUAACGGCAAUAUCGUGAUGCUUCGUUCAUUCGAUGAUUUAUCGCCGAUUACCGUGAAGACUGGUCUGAAAGCCCCGCUCCACGCGGAAUGGAGUAAUUCGCGUAAGCUCCUCGCUAUCGCCGGUACAAAAGAUUGCGAGGUCUUUCAAACGAAUCCGCAGGAAUACACGAAUCUAUUGAAAUUUUACUCCGAUUCCGGCAGUCUCGUCUAUAGAACAACAAUUCCAUACACUCAGUGUCAAGUAUCGGCGCUGACAUGGGGUCACAAUGACAGGCGAUUGUUCGUUGCGACAGGUGCACGUGUUCACGCGGCAUGGGUGUCACGGAGGGUGGGUUCACUGCAAUUGUUGUCGAGGCUCACCGUACGUGCAGCCCUCGCACGUGAAUCUAGUGUACAACAAUUACCUCUUCCACCUAGACUCAGGGCCCUCGUAGCAGCCCUUUUCGCCAGUACCAUAAGGUCAUGCGUACCGGAGCCAAGAGAAUUGAGAAGAUUCGUUUCUCGUCCACCGCCCGGGGGUGGACGAUUGCAUUGUACGAUGUUGAGACACGCGGGUGAGCCAGCGCCGUGUUACACCCUGUAUUUGGAAUAUCUUGGUGGUUUGGUGCCCUUAUUGAAGGGCCGUAGAACGAGCAAAAUAAGACCAGAGUUCGUGAUAUUCGAUCCACAAAGCCAGGACACUCUGAACGUGCCGGAAUACACGAGCCAAUUUCCCUCGUUCAGCGAUGGCUCGGACACGGAGAAAGACACCGCCGAACUUUGCGGUUCACCGAGAAAUAGAAGAAAAAAUCGUCGUAGAAGGGACGAGAAAACAAACAACGAGGAAUCUGAUGAUUUGGCCUACGUCGACACACUGCCGGAGCACGCGAGAUUGGUCGAGGUCACGUCCAAUAUUUGGGGCACGAAAUUCAAGAUUCACGGCCUUGCUGAUUCCGUACCAGCUAAUCUUGGCCAAGUCACCUACAGAACUUCUUUAUUACAUCUCCAACCACGUCAGAUGACACUUGUUAUGACCGAGCUCCGUGAUGAUUUGCCUGCAGGACCUGAUCCAACCUUCAAUCCAAAUCUCUUUUCCGAGGACGAGGAGGAGACGUUUCAGGAGCCACAAGACGCAACAAGAAUGAGUUCGGAGGCGCAACAAGCUCCUCCCGUGGCGCCGAUGACACCCCGAAACACGAGGUUGAAUCCAUCGAACAGGCCAAAGUCACAGACAUCGAAUCCAUUUUUAACGACGGACGCGUCCCUGCCCCCGGUAUUGGCAAGAGCCGAAAGCUACGAGGAGGAAUUUCCAUACGUUGAUUUUCAAGACAUGGUUAAUUUUUGUGAAAAUUUACGUGCAGCAUCGAGCAACACGUACAGAACUCCGCCUCGUCACAAUGCGCCAAGAUGUUGCGACGUGCCCGCGCUUCAGUCGCCGAAGAACGCGGUUGCCCCGACGCAAACGUUGAUAGCCACGUCGAAUCCAGGAACCGAUUACGCCGGUAACAUGCAACGCGUUAAGACAGCGUUGGCCGAUCAGCAAACAAGUAUGGCGAUGAGAAAGGAGCUCGAGAACAACAAGAUCAAUCAGAAUUCCGACGAGAAAACCAACCUGGCAAGUUGCCCGUCCAAUAUCAUCCCAACGUCCAUACAAAACGGUCAGAAUUCCGUAGUUGGCAGUCCUCACAACGGACGAUCUUGCCCACCAAGUUCGAUAAUAAACAGCAUCAACGGUAGCACCAAUUGCUCCCAAUCGCAGCAACAUUAUCUUAGUUCACCGAGUCCCCAGAGCCUCGUGUUGCAAACGUGUCAGACUUACAUACACGCGAAAAACAGUAUAAAAGCCGGUAACUGCGUUCUCGCUAAUCUCGGCUCGCCUUCUUCGAACGCCGGACAGAUGGGAAGCUUCGCAAAGAACGUUCUCGGCUCUCCGAACGGCCCCGGCUCGCCGACGUGUUCUCAUCAAUUACCCGGUAACUCCGAGCAGUGUCACUUUGGCUCGACGACCGCUUGCUCCGCUGGCCAAUGUGUCAAUAAACGGAAAGCGGAAAUUAAGGCGUUGAGCUGUUGCGGUAAAGCUGGAGCGAAUCAUACGAACCAAGUGGGUGUUUCGGGCGGAAAAAAAGACGAGAUGCGGUGCAUCGACGAGGAAAAUGCUCGUUUCGAGGCCGAUUUCGUUGGUCAGUUGAGAGGCGUUCAUAGGACGCCUACGGUCGCCAGCAUAGGUCCGCUCUGUCCGACUCUCGAUCCAAUCGUCCGGAGCUGUAGCGUCGGUUACCUCGAUUUCGUUGAUAUUCAAAUGGUGCCCUGCGACGUCGCCCUGGAAAUGUUGCGCAGAGAAACUCCCAACAAGCGACUCGUUCUCGUAUCGAGGAAAACGAAGAAACGAAGAAAAAAUAAAGCGCCCAACGAAACGACGAGCCCGCAGUGCGCGAAACCGCGCUUGAGAACUUGCGGCAAGUCCCGGAGCUUGGACUCCGGCGACAUGUUCCCAAGCACCGAGCACAUUUCACUUCCGCCAAAGUUGCCGGAACACGUGGAAGAAGCCGGGGGCGCUGACGUCGGCGAAAGCCCCGAGGACAGGUCGACCGAGCUGGACGACAACGAAGAAGCCUGGGAAAAUAUCAAAGGCGAAGAUUCUGAACAGUCUAAAGAAGCUGUUGAAGAAUCUCGGGACGAGUUGAGGAAAGAGCCGAGCGAUUCACCAGUCAGCGGCUCGUUGGCAUCGUCGCUGGACGGCUUAGCGGCGAGACUCCGAGAUUUUGACGAGAGCCAUUCCCUCCCACCGCCUUCACCGCGCCCGACCUCGAGGUUACCGAGAAGUUCGCCGAGUAGUCCAGCCCCCUCGAAAAAGGGCAAGAGACCGGCCUCGGCCUCGCCGAUCAGAAGAAGAUUGUUGUCGAGUCCGUUGCUCAGCAGAAGAGCACGGAAGAGCCGGGGCGAAAGCUCGGACGACGAGGGACUCGUUCAAGACGAGACGUCGAGAAGUUACAGAAAUUUGGAAACUUUCCAGAAAGCUCAACUGCGUCAGAAGAGUAAUCUCGAUUCGCAGCUGAAGCAACGAGGCGUGGGCACCUCUGGAUACAAAACCGAGGUCACCAGGCGAGAAUUGGUCAUGCAUAAUAAAGCACCCAUGUGGAAUGAAUCCAGUCAGGUCUAUCAGCUCGACUUUGGUGGCAGGGUCACACAGGAAAGCGCAAAAAACUUUCAAAUCGAAUUCCGAGGCAAACAGGUGAUGCAGUUUGGAAGAAUAGACGGAAACGCUUACACACUGGACUUCCAAUAUCCAUUCAGUGCACUUCAAGCGUUUGCCGUUGCUCUGGCAAACGUGACGCAACGGCUCAAGUAACCAUCAAUCUCCAGUACUACAAUAUAUAUCAGUACGAAAUUUGGAAUACGAGUAUUCAAGCACGACUGUGGUUCAUUGAUGGCGGAACGAAAAGGAAGUCCUACGAAGCUGACCUUGUGGAAAUUAGAGGCUACUUGGAUGUAUGAUCAUGUCCAACAAUGUCGCGAGGAGCAUUUCCAAAAAAUUCUAUUUCCUUCUCGAAACCUCGUUUUAGAACGACAAAAAUCUAGUAAAUUCGAGUUUCACGCUGCGAGUACAAUCCCAAACAGUGCAACGCAGCACUGCAGACCCGUCUUUGAUUUGCCGAUUGGGAACAGUUGAAAAAAAAUAACAAUUUAUCAGUUCUUUAUAAAUGAUAAUUACCAGUUUUAACCUCAGUAAUUUUCGGACAUUAUUGCGCGAUCAAAGUAUCCAAAAUAACCUUUUCCGAAAGCUCCUUCUGGAGAACAGUUUCUUUGCAAUAUUUUCCUCAAACGAUUGACGAAGAAUUCAGUAAGCCGAGUAUGGUAUCCGCGUCGAAUACAAUUGCUCGAUUGUCACCGUCCAAAAGAAUGAAAAAAAAAAUAUUGUUUUUCGAAAUCUCGAUUCGCUCGAUUUUUUCGUUCUCGUAUUAUAGUUCAUAAGCGACGUUAACGUGUAGCCACGCUGUUGAUAUAUUACAGAAAAAAAUAAAAAUGUGCUGCAUUUUCAGAAACAAACACGACGAUCCCCUCCACCCCGAACCCACGCGAUCGUGGCACCAGAAUUUUAUAUAUGAAAAACGAUUAAUACGUUGAAGCUCGCUGCUUGAAAAUGCGACCUCUUCAUUUGUUCAACUCUAAUUUCGUUUUAAUUUUUAUUACACGAGUGCGAUCGGCAUCGCCUCGGUUGAUAACGAUUAUUAUUCCACCGAAAUCGAUUGCAACAAUAACAACAACAAGAACACGUAUCCCAUAAAUUUAUCUUAAGUCACACAAACCAUUCGAUUCGAACAAUACGAGUAUUGAACAAACGAAUACUUGUCGUGCCGAGAAGCCUAAUCGAUAGAAAGAAAACCUGCUCGGAGCCUACGAAGGAAUUAACGACGAGACAAAAAAAAUAUUCAAUAAGCGAAAAUACGGUAUUUGAACGAGGCAAUUAUUGAGGCUAUAAGAAAAUUUAUAUCAUCAUUUUCAUCGUCAAUGUUAUUAUUAAAAUUAUUGAAGUUUUUAUUAUAAUUAUGAAAACAAGAAAAACAAACAAUUAAUGCCUCAGAUAUGCGUGAACUCGCUGUAAUGUAAAAAAAACACUCACACACAUACACACACACACAUUUUUGUCGGAUAUGCAACAAUAAUAAAAUAAUCGACCUUAACCGUUGAUAGAUCAUGAAUUAUUUGAAUUUAUAGAUUAAAGCGUAAUAUGUAUAAUUAAUGGAUCGAAAUAAUAAAACGGAAACGGUCAGCGAGCAACGGUUGCUUUGUAAUGCAUACAUACAUAUAAUGCGUAUGUUUGCAUAUAUAUGUAUGUAUGUACGUCGUACAUGUUAAUCUAAUGUGGUCAGUGUUGAGUUCGCCUUAGCAGAAUAUUGCAAUGUUGAGACUUGAGAUUAAAAAAUUGACGUAAUAACGGGAAGAAAGAAAAAAUAAUAUGAAUUAAGAUAAAUGCGCCCCAGCCUUUCACGUUUUGGGUACGAAGCGACGAGCUCGGAAUAUCACUUCGUUAUAUUCGGAUUUAUUAUUGUGCGAAUUUUCAUUGAAUUUGAUUAUUUUACUCGAUUUACUCGAUCGAGGGGAAAUGCUGCCCGGAUAGAUAUAUUAGUGUUGUUGAAAAGUUAGCUUGGUAAUGUUUCUUCGUUCGUCGAGUUCAUUUUAAUUGAUUUUCGAUUGUUUGUUUUUUUAUUCAUCCAAUUGCGCAAUAUUUUAGAAAAUUUUCAAAAUUUUGGCCAUUCCAAGAAAAAUUAGAGAUUCAACGACCGAAGAGUUGACACAUCGAUGAUUGUUUUUAAGCAGUAAGAAACAUUAGUUGCUUUUUUUUCGUGGUAAAUAAUCAAUGUUGUAAAGCGAGCAUGUUUAUAACUUUGUUGCAAUGUUUCAACGGUCAACGCAUUUGACCAUUCAUUUGACACCUUGGUUGAUCACAUACAUUCAUAUUUGUAUAGCAAGGCCUGAGAAAUAUGUCGCAAUAAUCAGCGCUGUCAACCGCGUUGACGACAUUCUACAAUAGUGUUUAUUUUGCACGGGUUUAAAAUCCGAGCUACAUUUUUUGUGCAUAUCGUCCUUAAUAAGUGCGGAGCAAUAACUGACCUAACGAAUGUCUAAUUCGAAACCCAAAAAUCGGUAGUUCGAAUGAAAUCCAUUGAGGUUUUGCUAGGAUCGUGGCUAUUUUAUAAGGUCGAAAAACUUAAACUCUAGUUAGAGUUCAAUCGUCUUAUGCGAUAUACAAAACUGAGGAGAUUCCCAUUUUUUGAAAAUUAUUUUUAGAGUCUCCAGAAAUUACACGAAAAUUGUCAUUGCAAUGGGAUUUUUCAGUUUCUAUCCGGUGUGUCCAAUCUCGUUGAGGAUAAAAAGUGAUAAAAAUGAUUUUAGACAAAUUGUAUAUCAAUGUACCUUAAUAAUCAUAUUUUCAUCUCAGGCCUAGCUCAAUUAACAUAAAAAUGAUUAUGCUACCUUAAGCGUUUCGAUUGUGUUAGAAUGUCUAUAUCUAUAGCUACGUUGCGAAAAAAAACAUUUUUUUAAAUGUGCUAUAUACAUAUACAUAGUGAUGAUAUAUUUAUAUAUAUCAACGAGCGAUCAGCUUCUCGAUAAUGGGCGAAGAAGUGUAAACUUUAUGACUGAAAAUCUGUGGUUACGAUGAAAGUUUACAUAACCCAACAAAAAACAACAGUAUUUUUUUUCUUAUAUUAUAUGGCAUGGAGGGGGCAUUGUUGAUUGGUUUUUAUUGCCAUACAUAGUGCGCUAACGAUUAUUCUGUAUAUGUGCAUCUCGCAAUUUUGUUACCGAAUACCAUUUAACGAUUAACAAAAUAUUUGUAAAUAAAAAAGAAGUAAUUGGCAAAA